AUGUCGUCGUCAUUUCAAUUAGAAUCUUCAAGAACUACUAACGUCGCGAAAACGACAUAUCUCACACCACACAAAAUUACCCUGCUAGGGUUAAUAAAGUAUUACUUUAAUUCAAAGAAAGAAGAGUUUGACGAAGAAUUAUUGUUCUUUUUAACUGAUAAAAUCUCGAAUGAAUCUCGAUUUCCGGAACCAAGUCUACUUGAGUUUUGCGAAGAGUUGAAAAAUGAAGUGCCGCUUGAAGGCAAAUCGAUCAAAGAUCACUGGUUAAAAGAGUGUAGAUAUAGUCCUUUGGGAUUUUUUGUGCGACGCUGUCAUCUAGAAGGAAAUAAGUUAACUUUCAAUGAACUCGGUAAAUUAUGGCAAGCGUUUCGCGAUUACAAAUCUGUUGCAUCACAACAAGUUGUACCGUCUCAAUCAUCCGCGUCCGAGAAUGAUGUGUUAUCUGGCCUAAUAGAAAAAUAUCAUACACACAAACAAGUGAUUAUUGCUAAAUCUGACGCUGAAAAGUUUUCACUCUAUUUGAUCGACCAGCUUCGAAAAUAUGGUGGUGUACUACCUGUCGAACUUGAAAUUCGUAUACGAGAAAUGCACGAGCGAUUGCCAGAAGUCUCAAUAGUGUAUUACAUAGAUUAUUUAAAUUGCAUGCAACUAGGCGAAUACGAAGGAGCCAUACGAAGUUUUUACAAGUUUUCUAAUUUCUGUCCGGAAGACGAGCAAAAUAGGAAUUGGUAUCAACAUGUUCUUUUGAAUCUGGUUGUGCUUCAUGCGAAAUUUGGUCAUAAGAAUCAAGCACUUUUGGCCAUCUCGGAAGCUAUACGUAUGGCACGCGAGAAUAAUGAUCAAGAGUGUUUACGGUUUGCUCUUAGCUGGCUAUAUCGCUUAAAAUCAAUUGAUUCAGUCGGUACAGCACGAAUAGGCGCGUCCGAACAGCAGAUGCUCGAAUCAUUAAUCACCAAUGCAAAGGAGUCGAAUUCGUUCUGCUUGCAAUCUUUAGGCGAGCUUGGUAAAGCACAACGAAUCUUGCAGCAGGGCGAAUCACCGACUCUUGUCUAUGAAUCGUUGCUUCGAAGCUCUGCCUUGAAUAUGAAAGCUAUUAAAGGCUCCAAAAAUUCAUCAAAGAGCAUGUAUGGACAGGAAAAACUUUUGAAUGCUAGUGUUUAUGAGACAUACGGGUUUUCGACGUUAUCCACACUGUAUACUUCUCAAGUGAUAAACAAUCCAAAAGGAAAUCUUGAGGAUACGGUGAUAGCGUAUUGUCAAUUGGCUGAUCGUCAUAUCUCGCAUGGCAAUUACGAUGAAGCAAUAAAAUUACUUUCAGAAUCGAAGGAGAAAUUUCUCGAAAUUAGGACUUCUGCUUCACUUUGGGCUGCUUGCAUGGGUAAAGUUCUGCAUCAGCGGAGCACCGAAAGAGGUGAAUGGGCAAACAUCGAAGUAAAUGAGGCUCAAUUUGGAGCAAUUUGUCAAGAUGACGAAGUACUAUACUCGGACUUCAAAUACCAUUGUGCAUUAGCAUUGAGCAAGUUAAAUCGUGAAGAUGAGGCAGUAGAUAUCCUUUAUGGAUUAAUAGACGAUAGCUCGCGAUCUCAUUCUCCCAAUCAAAUGCUCGUCACUAUUUAUGCGCUCAAACUUGCAGAGAUUAGAAUGAAAAGCGACGACCCGACAUCAGCACUUCCGUUUGUGCUAAGUUCGUUGUGUCUAAGCGAACGCUUUAAUUACCAGAGCAGUUAUUUGCUAGCGAAUAUUCGUCUAGCUCAAAUACUGUUGCAUUUUAAUCUGGCCAGAAGGUCAAAAAGCAUAAUUGAGAAAAUAUUACCGAUGGUACUUGCUGAACAUUCUUUGUAUCUACAAUCUGUUGCUCAGUUUGCUUACGCGCAGUCCCUUAUAGCAUGUUUGACAGAGGAUAAGAAAGCAAAUCGGGAGCCUUCCAUAGCAUAUCAAGAUAUGCUUGCCCCGCUUGAUAGAGCUUUAAUUGGAUUCCGAAAAUUAGAAUCGAUUUCUGAAAUACUACACAUCCUCCAACUCCAAGCAUACAUCUACAACCUCCUCGACUGGACAGACUACCGCAACAAAACUGCCAAAGAAUACCGUCACCUACUAACCACCCAACUCGAAACCAAUCAACGUAAACAACCCGAUUGGGAAAUGUACUAUUACGUGCGGGACGUGGCGAAAAAGUACAACAAAACUGAUGUGGAUGUGGACGAUGUGAUCAAUGCCGCGGAGAAGAUUGUGAUUAAGGAGAGCAGUCCGCCGCCCGAGGGGAUUUUUAGCGAUGAUGGUGCUGAUAAUAUGGAUAUGGAUAUUGAUAUGAGUGUCAUUGAGGCUAGUUUUUUGGUGGAUGAAGAGAGUGUGGAUGAUAUCACUUUAUUGAAUAGGCAUUUUUCGGAUGAUCGUAAUCAUGCUAGUGUUGAUAAUUCUAAUUCAGGAUUUAUAAAGAAUGAGGAAUUUGAUCAAUUUUUUUAA